UUGAUUAUCCUUUUUAUGUUUCUGGAUCUACUUUCCUUAUAAAAGGACAUGUUAUGCCGUCUACUUUCCUCGUACAAUACCAAACAAGAAUCUGAGGGAAUUGGGAAGGAUCAAAGGUCAUCGGAGAUAAAACAUACAUACAUUCGCCAUGGAUACCGGCCACAACAACCUUCAUGUCGUCUUCCUCCCUUUUUUAGCUCCUGGCCACAUGAUCCCUCUAGUCCAAAUCGCCAGGCUCUUUGCCUCCCGUGGAGUUCGCUCCACCAUCAUCGCCACCGUCCACAAUGCCCUCACAUUUCGACCCUCUAUUGACCUUGACAUCGCCGCCGGUUACCCUGUCCAUGUCCGCACCAUAAACUUUCCGGCAUCAGAGGUCGGACUGCCCAUCGGAGUAGAAAAUUUAGGCACUGCCACUAGUACAGAAGAACUAAGCGCAGUCUUCCGUGGGACGAUGCUACUCCAGACACCAAUGGAACAGCUGAUUCGUGAACUUGCUCCUGAUUGCAUCUUCUCCGACAUGUUCUUCCCGUGGAYAGUUGACCUCGCCGAYGAACUCAAAAUYCCGAGACUGAAUUUUUACCCAUCUAAUUUCCUUUAUCAAUCCGUUCUCCAUAGCUUGAAAGUUCAUGCUCCUCAUGAUAAGGUGAAAUCAGAGUCCGAGAGUUUCGUGGUUCCUGAUUUACCAGAUAAAAUCACGAUGAAGAGGUGCCAGGUCCCGGAGCAUCUCAAAGUCAAGACCAGAUGGGGUGAGACAAUGGAAGAGAUUGAACGAUCAGUGAAGCGAAGUUACGGAUUGGUUCACAACACAUUUUACGAGAUUGAACCAGCAUAUGUGGCUCACAACAAUACGUUUAAAGGUACCAAAAUCUGGCCUAUUGGUCCUCUUUUUCAAUUUUUCAAGGACGAUUACCACAGCGGCGGUGUAUCGGAAAAGCACACUUCUCUGAGUUGGCUUGACAAUCAAAAACCCAAAUCAGUGAUAUACGUUUGUUUCGGUAGCAUGGUGAGAUUCCCAGAUGAUCAGAUCACCGAAAUUGCAUUGGCGUUGGAAGAAUCUAAACAACCGUUUGUUUGGGUGGUGAGRAAGAAGGGAGGAGAGGAAGGAAUCGGUGGGAUGCCGGAAGGUUUUCAGGCGAGGAUCGAGAAGGAAAACAAGGGUUUAAUCUUGACCGGAUGGGCACCRCAGGUGGAAAUCCUACAACAUCCGGCCAUAGGAGGGUUCUUGACUCACUGCGGUUGGAAUUCCGUGCUUGAAGCAAUAGUCGCCGGUGUACCGUUGAUCACCUGGCCAUUGUACUCCGAUCAGUUUUUCAACGAGAAGCUGGUGGAGCUUUUAGGGAUUGGAGUGGGUGUGGGAGCAGAAGUUUGGAACUCGAGUGUAAUGAUCAGUAGCCCAAUCGUGGGAAAAGGGAGUAUAAUAGAGGCUAUUGGGAUACUAACAGGUGGAUCGGCCAUGGCUGAAAGCAUCAAAAGCAGGUCAGAAGUGAUAUCCAUAAUAGCCAAACAAGUUGUUAAACCAGGUGGUUCUUCUUUUAAUGGUUUAACGACUAUCAUAGAAGAACUUAAACGUAUUAAAUUGGCUUCAAAUUGGUUACCGUAA